AUGGACGAGCUCGAUAUCAAAAACCCCGAGCGAUGCAUUCAACUCUCAGUACCCUCAGUUCCCCAUUUCGUGGUAUCUUGCCUUUUGGUGGGAUGGCUUCUCAUUUCUUACGCACCGCAAUGGGGUCGUAUAGUGUCAAAGAAAUCUUCUGAAGGACUGUCACCUUUCUACAUCCUACUCGGUUCCUUGUCUGGUGUCUGCGCCGUCGGCAAUAUUCUCAUGCUGCCAACAACUGAGGCAGACAUGGGUUGCUGCACAGUCAACUCGCGGUUUUCCUGCAUCAGCGGCCUUUUCGGGACGUUUCAGGUCAUUUUUGGAGUAGUUUGUUUCUGGGUUGUCCUCUUCAUGUACGUCUACUAUUCCGAAGAAGAACAUGAUGCCGAGAUACAUGGUCGACAGUUGUCUUGGUCAGGGCCUGUUCGAACAACGCGUCGCGCGAGGCGGGCCUGGAUGGUGCUUUUGGCUGUGUGCGGCUCUGCAUUCGCUGUGCUGCUCGUGUCGGCUACGAUCCUAAAUCGCUUCGAUGGCGCCGCGCAAACCUGGGCUGACACAUUGGGUGUUGCUGUUGCUGCCCUCGCUUGCGUACAAUGGAUUCCACAAAUUAUAACAACUUGGCAACUGCAAGAUUUAGGAAGUCUGAGUUUAUUGUCCCUGUUACUCAUGACGCCGUACACUUGGAUUUUUGGUAUCAACAUGAUUCUUCGUGUUGGUUUUGCAGGGUGGAGCGUCUGGACGGUCUAUGUCCUGGUUGGCACCAUGCAGCUCGUUCUAAUCGUCAUGGGCAUUAUCUUCGCGAUCCGCAACUAUAAAAGUCCGCCCUCGGAUCCUCAUGAUGACCGCGCUACUCUUGCCACUCUUCAGUACAACUUCGGAGGAUGGAACCCGAAUGGCUCAAAGCGCUCGUUUGCGUCAUCGCAGAUCGCACCGGAUGAUCGCAGGCCUCUACUUGCGGAUGGGAAUAGGUCUUCAGACCAUCUUUCCGUAGACGGUAUUCAGCCUCAAUCGCCAUGA